AUGCUUCGCAAAACACGUUUCGUCUGCAUAUCUGAUACCCAUGGUUAUACGCCCUCGGAGGCAGGGUUCAAGCUCCCGGCUGGUGAUGUACUUAUACAUGCCGGCGACCUGACAAACAAAGGAAGCUUGACCGAGAUGCGCCGGACAAUGGAUUGGAUAUCCAAGGCCAACUUUGAAAUGAAGAUAGUUGUGGCGGGAAACCACGAUAUCACACUGGAUCCCGAGUUCUAUGCGAGACAUGGACAAGAGUUCCACAGCCCACAGCUCGAAGAUCCAAGCCAAUGCCUCGACACCGUUACGAGUGCAGCGCCCUCUGUCAUUUACCUCCGGCAUCAAGCCGCUGUCAUCAACUUAACUCGCAAAGACGGACCAAGUACCACAUUCAAAGUCUUCGGGUCCCCAUACUCGCAAUUUGAAGGAAACUGGGCAUUCGGGUAUAAUAAUGGCAAGGAUGCAACAGCACUUUGGAACCAAAUCCCCUCAGAUAGCGAUGUUAUCGUGACCCAUACGCCACCACGCUCUCACUGCGACCAGAAGCCGACAGGCAGGAAUAUCGGGUGCGAUGCCCUUCGCCAGGCACUGAGCCGCAUCAGGCCGCCGUUAGCCAUUUGCGGCCAUGUGCAUGAAGGCCGGGGCUACGAGCGUGUCUGUUGGCAGAAGCCGAUGUCACUUUCGGGCACGCUUAUUGAGUCAGACAGCGGUGAUAUCACUCGGGGGAUCUUGCCGCCGCCGGGCAACAAGAAACAAGCUCUGAUUGACUUGACAGGCAAACUUGGAGAGCGCCUGGAUAACGAUGGAUUUCCAUCCUUAAUUUCUCAUUCGCAACUGAAUCUGAGUUCUGCGACCAAGGCGUCGAUGUCACCAUCCUCUUUCGGGUCAUCUGCCGGAGAGCUGGAGCUCCAUAAUUCAAACAAGAGCAAGGUCCCAGUCUCGAGCGCGGAUAUCCAAGGGUAUGAUAUGAAGCCGACCUAUGGUGACACCUUGCGAACGCUUAGAAGGGAGACAUGCAUUGUCAACGCCGCUAUCUUGGCUACGAGCUGGCCGCACUGGGGAGGCAAGCGGUUCAAUGCACCGAUAAUAGUGGACCUGGAGCUCCCAGUGCGACAGAACUACGCGUCGAUGCCAUUUGAGUGA